AAGCAUAAGCUGGAGGUUGGGGGGAGGGGCGGCGCUCUCACUCUUUCGCUUCAGUCCAGGGCACGGUCGAGUCGCUGCUCGCGGCGCUGCCUGUCGCACACGGACCCAGCCGCCCCGCACCGCGCGCCGGCCCCGCGACGUCCCGCCGCCAUCAUGGUGAAGAUCGCCAAGAAUCCGAAGAAUCAAGCCAAACAGAAAAAAGUGGCUCCUCCUCCCCCAAAGGAGGUAGAAGAUAGCGAGGAGGAGGACUCCUCAGAGGAAGAGGACAGCAGUGAGGAAGAGGUUGUUCCUCAGAAGAAAGUGGUAACACCAAAAGCAGCAGUUACACCUGGCAAAAAGGCUGCCACUCCAGCCAAGAAGGUAGUUGCCACUCCAGCCAAGAAGGUAGUUGCCACUCCAGCCAAGAAGGUAGUUGCCACUCCAGCCAAAGGAGCUAAAAAUGGAAAAAAUGCGAAGAAAAAAGACAUGGAAGAGGAGGAGGAGGAGGACGAUGACGACAACAGCGAGGAGGAUGAAGAUGACUCUGAUGAAUCUGAGGAGGAAGUAGCAAUGCCUGUAACACCUGCAGUCAAAAAGCCUGUACUGGCAAAACCUGUGGCAGUACCUGCAAAACAAGAAUCUGACAAUGACGACGACGAUGAGGAUGACGACGACGAGGAAGAUGAUGACUCUGAAGUUGAGGCAAUGGACAUAACCCCAGCAAAAGGAAAGAAAGCUGCUCCAGUGAAAGCUGUUCCAAUGAAAGCAAAGGCAGACUCUGAGGACGACGACGAAGAUGAGGAUGAUGAGGACGACGACGAUGAGGAUGAGGACGACGACGAAGAUGAGGAUGACGAAGAUGAGGAAGAGUCUGUGAAGGAAAUGCCCGGAAAACGAAAGAAGGAAAUGCCCAAGCAAAAAAGUGUCCCAGAAGCCAAGAAAAAGAAAACUGAAGAAACUGCUUCAGCUUUCUCCCUGUUUAUGGGAAACUUGAACGCCAGCAAGGACUAUGAGGAACUGAAGACUGCCAUCAAGGAGUUCUUUGGCAAAAAAGACCUUCCAGUUCUGGAAGUCAGAAUUGGUGGUUCCAAGCGGUUUGGAUAUGUAGAUUUCUCAUCAGCUGAGGAUCUGGAUAAAUCCCUUGAAUUUAAUGGGAAGAAAUUCAUGGGUUUGGAAAUCAAACUGGAGAAAGCAAGGAGUAAAGAAAUCAUUAAAGAAACAAAGAAAGAAAGAGAUGCCAGAACACUUUUUGUUAAGAAUCUGCCUUACCGUAUAACACAGGAUGAAUUGAGAGAAGUAUUUGAAGAUGCGCUAGAAAUCAGGCUAGUGGCUGGCAAGGAUGGGAGCAGUAAAGGGAUUGCCUAUGUAGAGUUUAAAACAGAAGCUGAGGCAGACAAGGCACUAGAGGAGAAGCAGGGCACUGAAAUCGAGGGUCGUUCCAUCAUCUUAGAUUACACAGGAGAGAAGAGCCAUCUAGAGACACAAAAAGGUGGAGAGUCAAAGACCCUAAUUGUGAACAACCUCUCAUACAAUGCAACAGAAGAAUCUCUUCAAGAAUUGUUUGAAAAAGCCUCUGCUAUCAGGAUGCCACAAAAUAACCAGGGCAAGCCUAAAGGAUAUGCGUUUAUCGAAUUUUCCACAUUUGAAGAUGCUAAGGAAGCUUUGAAUUCCUGUAACAACACAGAAAUUGAAGGCAGAACAAUCAGACUGGAAUUCAGCACACCAGCCGGACAGAAAGGUGGUGGUAACUCCAGAGGAGGAUUUAGUCAACAAACCAAAACGCUGUUUGUCAAAGGCCUUUCUGAGGACACCACAGAGGAGACAUUGAGGGAUUCGUUUGAGGGCUCUGUCAAUGCCAGAAUAGUCAUGGACCGAGAUACUGGCUCAUCCAAAGGAUUUGGGUUUGUGGACUUCAGCUGCCCAGAAGAUGCCAAAGCAGCUAAAGAAGCUAUGGAGGAUGGAGAGAUUGAUGGAAACAAAGUGACCCUUGACUAUGCCAAGCCCAAGGGUGAUGGUCAGCGUGGUGGUGGAUUUGGCGGUGGAUUUGGCGGACGCGGAGGAAGAGGAGGACGGGGUGGCAGAGGUGGAUUCGGCGGACGGGGUGGCGGCAGAGGAUUUGGAGGUAGAGGAGGUGGCUUCCGGGGAGGCAGAGGAGGAGGAGGAGAACACAAGCCACAAGGGAAGAAGAUAAAAUUUGAUGACUAAGCGUUCCCUUUUCCUUCCUUCCCCUGCUAUCUGAAAGGACUCUGGGGUUUUUAUUCUGUCACCUUGUUUUGACACGGAGCCUUCUGAGGACAUUCCAAGAUGCAAAGCAGUACUGUGAGCCACUUGGGAAAAGUAACUAUCAUUUCAAAGAGUGGCAGCUUGACUGCCCGGCUAUUCAAGUGAACUUUUUAAAGAAAUGAGUGCUAGAUGUGGGAGUUUCCCCCUGUCUGUGAGUUGUCUUGAAUUUAUAACGUUUUACCCCAUGUACAAAAAUAUUUUUUUCCCUAUAAAUUUCCGUAGGUUUUUUGCUGUAAAAAUGCAGACCGUUUUAUCAUUUUUUGUGCUUCGGCACCCUGUCUCAGACAGAUUAAAGGGCCUGAACUGGU